AUGUCAGCACACGAACCUACUAGUCAUUGCCAAGUCUACAUUAAGAACCUUCACUACCUCACCACUGAAGAUGAUUUACGUACUUUGUUUGAAAAGUAUAAUCCUUAUACAGUCAAGUUGGGCAAAAAUGGAAAGCGAAAGCCUUAUGGGUUCGCUUACGUCGAGUUGCUGACUUCACAACAUGUUGAAGAGGCUGUUAAGGAAUUUGAUGGUAGUGUCUUCAAUGGGAAAAAGCUUAUUGUCAAAGCUUACCAGCCUUACAAACCCUAUCAAAAGUUGUGGUGGAGAAGAACAAAACCUACCGAGGAGACACAGAAUCACGAUGCACCUGAUGCUGAACUUUUGGCUGACGCUGUGUCAAAAGACCGGAUUUUGAUAACAAACAUAAGAGGUCGCGUAAACUAUGUUAGAGUGGAGCACUUCUUAAUGAAGUACAACCCCUCCGACAUCAUUAUUUGCAAAGAUAAAAAGUCGAUUAUGAAUCCAAUAAAGUUGACAGGCACCUAUUACAGCGCAUUGGUAACUGUGGACACGUCAACAAAAAGUGUGAAAGAAAUCAUAGAGUCUUUGAAAUCAACGAAACUUUGUGGAAAACGAGUUGAGUUGAUGCCAGCAACACUCAAACAAGUUGAAGAGUUUGAAAAAGAAGCCAUUCUUCAAGGUUUUCCUCACGAAGGGUUAGAACGCAUUCCAGAUGUUGAAACAGAACAAGUCCCACCAGAACAAGUCCCACCAGAACAAGUCUCACCAGAACAAGUCCCACCAGAACAAGUCUCACCAGCCGUCCCAAUGGAAUUGAAUUCUCCGGCUCCCACUUCAAUGAUCGUUAGUCCUGGCCUGACAAUCAGUUCCAACUUCAACGGCCGUAUCAACUCCCCUUGA